GUGUUAGAGAAGGGGGAACAGAACAAUGUCCCCCUCAUGAUGAUGAUUACAAGAGAUGAUGGAAGUUUUGGACUCACUCGGUAUCACGAGGAAUACUUAAUUCCUAAUGGUUUGGUAAAUGAUACUGAGUUUAUGAGAGACAAGAUGGUGCAGGCCGUGUUUAAGGCUAUUGGUAUUCACGAUCCUGGACACACAGUUAGUGGAGCAUUUACCAAAAUGUACAUGGUCGAGGAGGCAAGGUUGGCUGGAAACUUCAGUUUGAUGGUUCCCUCCUUGUUUGACUUGAUGAGCGUCAUUUUCUUCAAAGCAGGAACUCUUCGAACAAUCCAACUCCAUUCUCGGCUGAACUCAGAUACGUACUAUUUCAGCUUUGAGUAUGAAGGGAGAUACAAACGUCACCCGUUCUAUUCAAACUAUCAGGGUGAAGUAGGGCAUGCAGACGAUCAGAUUUAUUUGUUUAGUCUGUCUGGUGAAUUUAAUGAAGAGGAGCAAGUAUUAAGUGAUAUGAUGGUCGACUACUAUGCGAACUUUAUGUACACGGGGAAUCCAAACACCUUUCCCCCAGGGGAAGCACCAUCCAGCCUUCCAUUCUGGCCAAAGUUUGACACCAACUCUGAGAAGUAUUUGAUUAUCGAUGAAAAUACGAGGGAAGCUUCUAAAUACGAGGACACUUGGGCUGUUGCCAACCGAAAGAGGAAGUUGUGACAUGUCCUUCCAUACCCACUGUCCUCAGUACAACUACUUCUGCACCAACCACUACUGAUGAUUCUGGAAAAUCAUCUGCUAACAUUAUGUACAGUAGCAUUUUACAUCUACUAUCACUUUUAAUGUUAAAGGUUAUUAUGUAUGAUAGAAUAAAUUGAUUUACUUAUCUUGAUAAU